UAUACUUCAUAAACGACGUUCAAGAAAUCAGAAUAAAUUUGACAUAAAAUCCGAGUUAACAAAGCUCGGCGAGUUCGCUGAAUCGCUUCGUAGGCAGAUUUUAAGAGAAUUUGGUUACAUUAAUGAUGAUGCUGUUUCUGCUGGUCGCUCUCGCGGGCAUUCACUCGGGUUGGUCCCGACGCGAAUCCUCGCUCGGUGAAAACGCAGCUGAGAACGCGGUGCAUACAGUUCCGCUCGGCUCGGAGGCGACUUUCCACUGGAGAGUGGAUCUAAUGAACAAACAGGCGAUCGUGGAGAUUCAUUACGUCGGCAAUGAUAGCACCUGGUUCGCGAUCGGAUUUUCCGACUACGGAGAAUUGAAACCGGCUGAUUACUGCGUCUUGUGGCCUGACUGGCACCAACAAAUUCAUCUUCAAGAUUCGUGGGCGGAUGUCGACGGGAAAUUGCAUCUGGACACCCAGCAGAACUGCGAGAACUUCGCAUGGAAAAGACGCGGUAAUAUCAUGAAAUUCACAUUCUCCCGCAAGUUCGAUACUUGCGACGAGCAUGAUUAUAUCAUUGAGAGAGGCACCACGCACCUAGUGUGGCUCCGCGGUCGCGGACCGCUGUCCUCCUUGGCUGGCCUUGAGAUAUCGGACGCAAAAUCGUCAGGCAUGUCCCGUACCGAGUUGCACAGGGUAUCCCAUAAAAAGCCCAAGUUCCCCGCGAACGCCUGGCAGCUCGAAUUACUCGCCCAUCGGGUUCAAGUGCCGAAGGAGGAGACCACUUAUUGGUGUCGUGUGCAUAAGUUGCCGUCAGUAUUAAGACAGAAGCAUCAUAUCCUACAAUUUGGCCCCGCUAUUCAAGCGGGUAACGAACAUCUUGUGCAUCACAUGGAAGUCUUUCAUUGCGCCGGAUCCGUGAAUGUAGAAGUUCCAAUGUACGAUGGACCCUGUGACGGAGCAGAUAGACCCGAAAAAACGCAGAUCUGCAAGAAGGUGCUGGCAGCGUGGGCGAUGGGUGCCGACGCAUUUGUGUAUCCGGAAGAAGCCGGUCUAUCCAUCGGUGGGGCCGAUUUCAAUCCGUAUAUCAUGUUGGAGGUACAUUACAAUAAUCCCGAGCUGCAUCAAGGCGUCGUCGACUCCUCCGGAAUCCGAUUUGUUCUUACCACGACUCUCAGAAAGUAUGACGCCGGUGUCAUCGAGCUUGGUCUCGAGUACACCGAUAAGAUGGCCAUACCCCCGCAACAGGAAGCCUUUACGCUGUCCGGUCACUGCAUAGCGGAAUGCACCGGAGUAGGAUUGCCUCAAAGUGGCAUUCACAUUUUCGGCUCUCAACUGCACACGCAUCUGACGGGUACCAAAGUCAUCACCCGUCAUGUGAGGAACGGCGAAGAGUUGCCGCCGUUAAACUAUGACAAUCAUUACUCCACUCAUUUCCAGGAGAUCAGACUGCUACCGAAACCGGUGACCAUCCUGCCGGGAGAUUCUCUGAUAACUACAUGCACUUACAACACUAUGAAAAGAGAUAACGUGACUCUUGGCGGCUUUGCUAUAUCCGACGAGAUGUGUGUUAAUUACAUUCAUUACUAUCCCAAUGCGCAAUUAGAGGUGUGCAAGAGUGCCAUAAGCGACGACGCUCUGCGAACGUAUUUCCGCUAUAUGCGAGAAUGGGAAAGUCAAGGGACCAGUACGCAAAAGGGCAUCUCGGCGAAUUAUAAGAGCAUCGAGUGGACCAAGGUCCGCGUGGAGGCUCUUCACGAUCUCUAUGAAGCUGCGCCUUUAGGGAUGCAGUGUAACGCCUCCGAUGGUUCCCGGUUACCUGGCUUGUGGGAUAAUAUCGCGGCCACACCCGUCAGAUUGCCUUUGUCACCGCCAGCCAGGAAUUGUCUGGAAUCUUCAAUACAGCAAGAGAUCUCGGACCAGAUGUGAAUUACAAUUGAUUUUAAUUAAAAAUAUAAGUUACUCAAUCAUUCCGUUGUGUGGAUAUUUUGAGGGAACAAACGAGUAAUUAAAAUUCCAAUACAGAGCAUAUCAAAUUUAGCGUUACCUGCU